AUGGUCGUAAAAUUCGUACUGCUUCCAGUUCUAGUUGUUGUCGCCGCAAUAAUUAAUACUUCCACUGCAGAAAGCAAUGAAAGUAUUUCGAAUGCACCGUUUGCAUAUGAACUCAUCGUUUCUGGUUUAGAAACAAUUGGUUUCAAUUUGCAACAAAAUGAUUUUCGUGUCCAAAAACUUACUACUUAUAUCGCGAGCAUGGGUAAAACUGUAAAAGCCAUUGAAACUGUUGUUUCACACUCCGAGAAGAAAACAUUACCACAAACGUGCGCAGAAAUAUCGGAUCGUCGAUCAGGGCCGUACCGCAUUCAGCCACAGGCGGGAUUUUCCGAUCCUUUCGUAGUUUAUUGCGAUCAGGAAUACGAAGGCGGCGGUUGGAUGAUCAUCCAAAAUAGGUAUGAUGGCUCAGUGGAGUUUUUUAGAGGUUGGAAGGAAUAUGAAACCGGCUUCGGAGAUCUUCGCGGAGAGUACUGGUUGGGCAUGAAAAAAAUAUAUGAGUUAACGAGCGUUAAGCCACACGAGCUGCAUAUUAUGCUGGAGGACUUUGAUGGGAAAAUUGUCACGGCGCUUUAUGACCGGUUUGUAAUAGGUGGUCCAGAGACGAGCUAUGUGUUGCGUAGUUUAGGAAACUACACUGGAACUGCAGGAGAUUCACUUCGCCACCAUGAGGGAAUGAAGUUUUCGGCUUUUGAUAACGACAAUGAUAAAACGAGUAGGAAUUGUGCAGAGGUAUAUAAAGGAGCUUGGUGGUAUAACGAUUGUUUGCAAAGUAAUUUAAAUGGACAGUAUCUGAAAGGACAAACAGAAAGUGCGGCUAUGAGCUGGGAUAAGUUUCGUGGUUUGAACUACGGACUAAAGCGGUCACGCAUGAUGAUCAGACAAAGUUGGCUUUCAAAUAAAAAAAAAAUCAUGAGAAUUGAUUGA